AUGGCGGAGCAGUCACGGGCUGUGGCGUUGAUGAUGGCAGUCGUGGCGCUGGCGGUGGUGGGGGCAGUCACAGAGAAGGUGGGCCCGCAACCCAUCACCCAUGUCGCCACGACGGAUAUCACCGACAUGAUGAACCCGGGGCCGGAUCGGCGCAUGGAACUUCCAGGCUUCGAUCCGGAGUUCGUCGAUUUCCCCCACUAUAUCAUCCGCAUCACUGAAAGGAUUUGGCAUCAUCGUGAGGUCGAGCUGUGUCUUGAGUACUACGGCGGCGAGGCUGCGAUCCACACGCUGGCGGGUGACAUCACAGGUGCCCAGACGGUCGUUGACAACACCUAUGCGACGCUCAAAGCCUUCCCCGACCGUCGCCUGGAAGCCGACAAUGUCGUCUGGUCAAAGGACGGCGACACCUUCUACUCCUCGCACUUGAUCACUUCCAAGAUGACAAACCUUGGUGACAGUGAGUUCGGGCCUGCUACCGGCAAGGCCGUACGUGUCUUGACGGUGGCUGACUGCGCCUGCUUCGAGAACAGGAUCAUAGAGGAGUGGCUGGUGCGCGACAACAUGGGCCUGGUUCAGCAACUGGGCCUUGACCCGGAUGCAGUGGCUCUUAAGCAGGCCGAGGCAGACCAAAAAAAGGGCUUCUCUCUCCCAGACUUUCAUGCGAAUGCACGUGCCGCCAUCGACACUGCGCCGCUUGUCGCGCUUGAGGCCCGGGCGUCUUCGGAGAGCGCGGCAGUCAAAGUCUUGGUUGCAGCUCUUAAUAAGAUCUGGAACCUCCGGUCUUUGGAGGGCCUCGACGAGAUCUACGACUACCGGGUCUCGGCGCACGUGCCUGGCGCUCGGGAUCUCUAUGGGCACGAUCAGCUCGCAAAUUUCUUCCGCCCGGUGCUGGGGGCUCUUAACAGUACACGCCUUCAAGUACAGCACAUCGCAGAGAUCCCAUAUUUGGGUGAGGCCCGUGACGUCGCCAUACGUUGGGCCGUCUCGGGGGUUCAUGAGACCGAUGGGCUUUAUGGUGCCUCCACAGGGCUGCCGGUGUAUAUUAUGGGUGUUACGCAAGCGCGCGUCAUGAACGGUCGGAUCCGCGAGGAGUGGACCGUUUGGGACGACAUCGCUAUACGACGGCAGGUUGCGUACAAAAGGCUGAGUGUUGAGGCACGCACCAUCCGAGCCUAA